AUGCGUUCCUCAACCCUCCUCCUCACUUCCGCAUGCGGCAGUGUCGCCUAUUCCUUCUCCCUUCCUUCAUCCCUUGAUUCCCUCACUUCGUCGAUCCACGACGUCACCAGCCGGGCCCUUUCCAACCUCUCCGCCCGUAAAACCCCCUCGUGCCCCGCCGUCUACACCACCAUCUCCUCCGACCUCACCAAGGACUUCCUCGGCACCGACGGCCAGUGCACCGACCUCGCCCGCGCCGCCAUCCGCUACGCCUUCCACGACGCCGGCACCUUCUCCCUCAAGCUCCCGACCUACGCCCCGGCCUCGGGCGGCGCCGACGGCUCCCUCCUCCUGAUCCCGUCCGAGAUCGCCCGGCCCGAGAACCACGGGCUGGAGACCUACCACGCGUACAUCACGGCCAAGUACAACACCUACCACGCGCAGGGCGUCGGCGCGGCGGACCUGAUCCAGUUCGCGGGCAACCACGCCAUCGUGACGUGCCCGGGCGGGCCGGCGGUCAAGACGCUGGUGGGCCGCGGGGACGCGACGACGGCGUCGCCGACGGGGGUGAUGCCGGCGGGCUUCGGGCCGGGCAGCGACCACGACACGCUGCUGCAGCUGUUCGUCGACAAGGGGUUCAACGCGGUCGACCUGGCCGCGCUCAUCGGCGCGCACAGCACCAGCAAGAACGUCGGCCAGACGGCCAUCCCCGUCGGCGCGCCCCAGGACGGCACCCCGGGCAAGUGGGACGUCCAGUACUACUCGGACACGUACGCGCCGCCGCCGGGCGUCGCGCGCUUCGACAGCGACGUCAACCUGUCGGAUAAGACGAAGGCGGUCGGAAAGGAGUUUGCCGGCUUCGUCGACAACCAGGGCAAGUGGACGGGCAAGUUCGCCGACGCCAUGUUCCGCCUCGGCCUGCUCGGCAUCUCCAGCAGCACGUACAACAACUGGGCUGACUGCACCGGUGCUCUGCCCAAGGCGACGAGCUCGAAGAGAGACAUCAGGCGCAUGCCUAUCAACGACCGCGCCAGGUAG